AUGCCACUGGCUGGUGUGGAUGCAGCUGUCCCGGCUUGUACCAUGCAGUAUUUGGUCCGAGCCUCCCUUGGGACGCUCUCCUCCUCCCCUUUUUGGAACCAGCACUCCUGCAGAGUUGCAGCAGCUAUUGUAGAAAGAGCGAGGACCGUGUGUGUGCCAACGUUUUAUGCUCUCAGUGGAAAGCUGGUUUCGCCAAAAUGGAAAAAUUUUAAAGGCUUGAAACUUCAGUGGAGAGAUAAGAUCCGUCUCAAUAACGCCAUCUGGAGGGCAUGGUACAUGCAGUACUUGGAGAAGCGCAAGAAUCCAGUGUGCCACUUUGUGACUCCACUGGAUGGCUCUGUUGAUGUUGAUGAACAUCGUCGGCCAGAGGCCAUUGCAACAGAAGGGAAAUACUGGAAACGAAGAAUUGAAAUAGUCAUCAGGGAAUACCACAAGUGGAGAACGUACUUCAAGAAAAGGUUACAGAAACAUAAAGAUGAAGAUCUUUCAAGUUUGGUCAGGGAUGAUGAUGUGGUUCUCUGGCAAAAAAGAAGGUAUGGCAGAGAAACCCCUGUCCCUAUGGAGGAAGGCAGCCUCUUGGAUGCAGAUAUGCUUAUGUCCGAGUUCACUGACACGCUGUUUUCCACCCUGUCUUCACAUCAGCUGGUUUCCUGGCCAAAUUCCAGGGACAUAGCACACUUAGGAAAUGCUGACAUGAUUCAACCAGGGCUUAUUCCUCUCCAGCCAAAUUUUGAUUUUAUGGACACUUUUGAGCCUUUUCAGGAUUUAUUCACGCCCAGUCGUUCCAGUAGUUAUUUCCCUUCUGUGUCUGCUGUCAGCUCAGCUACAACAGACAGCAGCAGCCAUUCUUCCCAGUCUCCUGUCCUGCCGUCGGGUUCAUUGCCCAGCACACUUCCAGCAGGGAACAUCAGUGAAGGACUUAUUGCUUCCUCAGUACCUGCUCCUGUCAUUCCUGAUGUUGGUACUGACCAGUGUUCCAGCAUUAGAAGCGGGGGAUCUUUCAUCCAGCCAGCAGACUUCACUCCUGACUCGUCUCUCAGCGGGCCACAAAUUUUUAUGCCAGUGUUUCAGACACCCUUGCCACUGCUUCAACCUGCGACACAACAGCACCAGUCCCCGUUGCCUGCAGUGCCUCUGAAUUCUAGCUUAAGCUCUCCACCAACUGCGUUUGCUGCACCAGAAACCCAGAAGUUUGGCCUCUGUGAAUCUACAGUUAUCACCCACACAGCUUCUGCUACAUUGACCCACAAUGCCCCUGCCACCACCUUCAGCCAGAGCCAGAACCUUGUCCUGGCAACGCAGCAGCCAGGUGCAGGAGUGCCUUGUAACCUGGCUUUCCAGACUACUGUCCUGCAGGGGCAGCCCUGGCCCCAGCUGCAAUCCCAACUGACAUUUGCACUCCUCAAAGCUGUUCCUCUGGCCAGUGCUGGGACAAGGCCCAAACAGUCGCAAAAAAUAGUGCCUGCUCCGAAGCCUGAAACAGUGCCCUUAUUGUUAAAGAAUGCCUUCAUCACACCAGCUGCCUUUCAGGGACAGUCCAGAGCUGUGAUUGUAACUCCAGCACCUUUAAAAAGAGAGGGGAUUUUGACGCCAGCCACGUCUCAGUCUAAUGUUGCAAUUGCACCAGCUGGAAUUGUCAGAGCUCCCGGGGUGACGGAGUUCCGUAGUAACAUUCUGGUUGGUCCAGCACAGCGAGCACCAAGUAGUCAACAAACCCAGUCCACAGUCUCACAUCUCUUCUCUCCUAGUGUAGUCCAGGAUGUGUUGGUGAAAGGAGAGCAAAUCCCUUCCCACAGUAGCAGUUCACAAGUUCCCUCACCUACACCUAGCCGAGACUGUCAGAAUUCAGGCCAAGCUUCCCCCUGCACCUCUGAGCAGAGCCCCAGUCCACAGUCUCCCCAGAACAGCUGCUCAGCUGCCACUGACCCUAAUAUGGCUGCACUUAAGAAUCGAAGAAUGAAGCAUAUUUCAGAACAAAAACGAAGGUUUAAUAUCCAGAUUGGUUUCAGUACUCUGAGCAGCUUGGUUUCAGCCAACUCCAAGUCGAUCAGCCAUGCAAUCACGCUCCAGAAAACUGUAGAAUAUAUCGCUAAACUACAGCAGGAAAGAACACAGAUGCAAGAGGAAACCAGGCGCCUUCGGGAAGAAAUCGAGGAGCUAAACGCUACCAUCAUUUCUUGUCAACAGCAGCUCCCUGCUACCGGGGUUCCCAUAACACGGCAAAGAUUUGACCACAUGAGCAAAAUGUUUGAUGAGUAUGUGAGAAGCAGGACGCUGCAGAACUGGAAGUUUUGGAUUUUCAGCAUUAUUAUUAAGCCAUUGUUUGAGUCCUUCAAAGCUUGUUGUGGAAACCAUUCCAUUAAGGAUCUGAAUCAAACUGCAAUGGCCUGGUUGGAUCAGCACUGUUCUCUUCCUGUUCUGAGGCCAAUGGUGCUGAACACCCUCCGGCAUCUAAGUACAACCACCUCAAUUCUGUCGGAUCCAUCAUGCCUGCCAGAACAAGCUGCUGCAGCAGUUAACAAGAUGAACAAAACAGCUGGCGAAACCUAA